AGUUAUAAAUCAAGCUGACAUCUUGUCGUUUCCGGUUUUGGGUAUUCAAAGGACACUACCUCACCAUGGGAGACCUAUCCAAUGCUGUAAGGGACACUUUGAGAGAUGUGCUUCUUAAAGUCAAGAAAGCUGUUGUCUUCAUCGAUGAUUCAAGUGCAGAGUGUCUUCAUUGGAAUUUGGGAGUCAUAGAACUUUUCAAGGCCGGAGCAUUGGCAGUGAAGCAGUUCUCAUCAUUUGAGAGUGGUGGAAAAGAAGCUAAGAAGGCUGUGUUCCUAAUCAGCUCACCUCUAGAAGGAACAGCAUUAGACAUUCUCCAUGACAUUCUCAGUGCCAGUAGUUUCCAAUAUGUAAUUGUCAUAGUAACAGGAAGUGUUACGCUACAAGGAUUCUGUCGCUAUGGCAGCAGCCUAGGAGACAAGGAGGAAGCUGAGUUAUUUCCAGAUUAUCAGGACCAAUUACUAGAAUGGAUGGGAAAUAUGAAUUACACAGCAGAAGUCCUACACAGACCUAUAAACAUAGCACCGGUGACCAAGGAAUUGUUCCUGUUACCAUCUCACUCACAGUUGUAUCCUCUCUUAGACACUGAUCUACCUCAUAUAGUGAAAACACAAGAGAAGUCAGAUGGAAAGGCUGUGGUAAAGAGCUUAGAAGAUGUAGAACAUAGUCAUCUACCAAAGGACUACCUCAUACAACUAAGGAGUCUAGUUGAUUCAGUAAAUGGUUUGCUGGAGAUUCUAAAGGUUCAAGAAGAGUGUUACUAUAUUGGUAACACCAGCAAAUUGGUUGCAUCUUCACUAGCAGCCUACCAGCCAGCCAAAAACAGGAGAAAGAAUGCUCAGGCGAAGGCUUCAAUCGUGUUCAUGGACCGAAGCCUGGACCUAGCACUCCCAGGGAGCCACUCCAUGGAGACUCUUCUAGACCGUGUCCUCAAUCAGCUUCCCAAUCUCCCCGCUCAUUCUACAGAUGUCAGUAUCAACAUGCAUUCCCUUACAGAUCUACACCCAAACAUACCAGAAGACAGUUGUCUCGUCAGUGGAUGUUUAGCUCAACCUGGAGACUCUACUGCUAUAUCUUUACUAAACACCAUGGCAACAGCAAAACAGAAGGAAGCCCUUAUGGAGGUGAACAGGCGACUUGUAGAAAGUGCAUCAACAUCUGGUCUCCCAGUUAAGUUAGACGCCAGACCAGGGAGAGUCAGUGCCAACACACUGGAGUCACAUGUGCAGCUUUUUAGAAACAACCCAGAUGCAAUAGAAAGUCAUGCAGGAGUACUACAACUGGCCCUAGCUACAAUCCAAUCUCUUAAUGGCAAGGAAAGCACAGAAUUAGUUAGACUAGAGAAGUUGUUGUUACAGAGUAUAGAUGAUGAUUCCUCACCCAGCGGUUAUAUGCAGUUACACCAGACUGUUACAAGGCAAACUGAUAUGUCAAUAGAAGACAGGGAGGUCAGCUUUGAUGAUGUCAUUGUGUUGUUGGUAUGGUUACACUCCAUAGCAGGCAACCAAGGUUAUAGAGACAUUGAGGAGGUGAACCAAUUGAAAGAAGCACUAAUUAUCUGGAUAUUGGAGGGUGGAGAGACCCUCCCUGAAGUCAUAGCCAUGCAAGUUGAAGAGACUAGACAGAGUGACAAGGAUGUAUUAGAAGAUGUAUUAGAUGAUGUAUUCACGCAAUUACAUGCUGUGGGAAAGGCUAGGCAGAAUCUGAAACAGAACAGGUCUUUACUGAGUGCUAGUACCAUGACAGCUCCUGCAUCAUAUAAACCACUAAUUAAACAGCUCUUGGGCCAGAUUUUUGAUCCUGCCAAACCAGACUUAUUAGACGUACACCACAAAUCUAGCGCUUUCAAGGACCUCCUCAAAUCCGGCUUUGGAUAUUUCAUGAAUGUUAGCAAACCGAGGCCCAAUGAGCAUGGUUUACUCAUACUCUACAUAAUAGGUGGCACCACCACCGCAGAGCUGAAACUUGCCAAAGAUACGGUAGCAUCAUAUAACAAAGAUAUCAAGGUUCUAGUCGGCAGUGACCAACUUCUCAAGUCCAAAGACGUUCUAUCUAACCUCUUUUCCCAUUUGGGGACAUCAGCGUUAGAUACAUAGGAUAACAAUGAUAGCAUUGGAGAACAGGCAUAUCCUUAUAUAAUGUAUGUAAAUUGGAGUGGAUACACAAGACUGCUUUACAAUAACGGCCUCAUAUUUGGAUAUCCACACAGUGGAAUAAUAUUAUUUAUUUUAGAAUCAAUGAAAUAUAAAAACAAAUAAUGAACU